AUCGAUAUGGACCAAUCUCACCAUUUCUUAAAGGAGAAAUUGCAGCAACAAUAAUUGGCACAGAUGAUUGGGCUUACUCUAUAAAGAAGCUUCGGACCAGCUAAGACAGAACCAGCCAGGCAUUACCACCAUGGGUGAUCAUCUCCACGUUUUGUUCUUCCCAAUGAUGGCCCACGGCCACAUGAUUCCAACACUGGACAUGGCCAAGCUCUUCGCUUCACGGCGGGGGGUCAAGUCCACCGUCGUCACCACCCCUUACAACCAGACCCUCUUCACCAAAGCCAUAGAGAAACACACCCAGUUGGGGCACCAGAUGCAGAUCCGAUCCAUCGACUUCCCCGGCAUCCAGGUUGGCCUGCCGGAGAACUGCCAGCGCCUCGACCAGCUCCCCUCCCCGGACGCACUCCCCAGUUUCAUCAAGGCCUGCGGUAUGCUCCAGCAACCCUUGGAACAGCUCUUGGACGAGCUCCGACCGGACUGCCUGGUUGCCGACAUGCUAUUCCCUUGGGCUACAGUGGCUGCCGCCAAGUUCGAUAUCCCGAGGCUCGUCUUCCACGGAACGUGCUGUUUUUCUCUGUGUGCUACGUACAGCCUUAGAAUCCACAGGCCGUUCGACAAUGUUUCCUCCGAUUCAGAACUGUUCACGAUUCCGGAUCUUCCGCACCAGGUGAAGCUCACAAGGCUGCAUGUUUCUCCUCAUGACACCGGCGGCGGCGACGGUGAUGAUGGGGCCUACAUGACGGAGUUCAUGAGGGAAGUUUGGGAGUCAGAAGAAACCAGCUACGGGGUGAUCAUCAACAGCUUCUACGAGCUCGAACCCGAUUAUGCGGAGCACUACAGGAAUGUUCUCGGCAGAAGGUCGUGGUUUGUGGGGCCGCUUUCCCUCCAAAACGGGGACGUCGAGGACAAAGCCGGAAGAGGGAAGACACCAUCCAUGGAUGCGAGAAAGUGUAUGGAAUGGCUGGACACCAAGAAACCCAACUCCGUGGUUUACGUUUGUUUCGGAAGCAUUGCGAGUUUCCCCCCUAUUCAACUCCAAGAAAUGGCAGCCGGGAUUGAAGCUUCCGGGCAGGAGUUUCUAUGGGUCAUAAAGAACCCGCAGGCAGAAGAAGGAGAAGAAGAAAAACAAGAGGAAUGGAUGCCGGAAGGGUACGAGGAGAGGAUGAAGGGGAAGGGGCUGAUCAUAAGAGGGUGGGCCCCACAACUUCUGAUUCUAGAGCACGGAGCGGUGGGCUUAUUCGUGACGCACUGCGGGUGGAACUCAACGCUGGAGGCGGUGUGUGCGGGCGUGCCCAUGGUCACCUGGCCUGCCUUUGCGGAUCAAUUCCUCAACGAGAAGCUGGUGACCGAGAUUCUUCGGGCGGGAGUAGGGGUGGGAUCGAAGGAGUGGACGAGAUGGGAGGGUGUGGUGAAGAGAGAUGCGAUUGCAGAGGGCAUCCGGAGAGUGAUGGCCGGCGAAGAAUCGGAGGGGAUGAGGAGCAGAGCACAGGCGUUGAAAGCCUUGGCACGGAAGGCCAUAGAUGAUGAAGAAGGAUCGUCUUGCUCAGGUUUGAGUAGUCUGCUGGAUGAAUUGAGAGCUUAUAAUGCUGCAUGAAUCUAUUAAUUCAGCGUGAAUCAAUGGUUACAUUUGAUAUUGCUUCUCAAUGUUUGUCCCACCAUAACUCUGUGUAGAGGUGAUUUUUAAUCUUUGAUUUAUUAAUAAAUAAAAUAUGUAUUG